UAAGAAAGGGGGCACAUUAGGAGCCCACUUGAGUGGGAUUGUGGCCAUCACGGGGUUAAUAUGGUAUCAGGUGCUGGUUUAUGGGUUGUAGUUAGUCUAUGUUUGCAGGUAAUUCCUAGGUACUGUUCCUUUAAUUCUGGGAUCAUCAGCCAGCCAAUGGGAUGCGACGGAAGCUUCUGGGAGCAGGAAAGGCUUUAUAAGGACUGGCUGGGCUGGGAAUCUCCCUCUUUUCCCUUGGCAGCAGCAGCUGAAGAACUUGGACUUCCUGGUUUAGCUGCCCCUCUCUCUAAAGGUAUGGAGUCUCUCUUUAAGAAACUUUUAGAGAAGGCAGGCAGCGAAGGGGGGGAAGAAUGGCUCAAGCGCUGUUUAACUAUGGGGGACAUUGUCCCUGAAGAACAGACAGCCAGAGUGGAGACAGGCGCUGGGUUUAUGUUACCCACUGAGCAGCAGGGAGAGAGUGCGUCUGCAAGUGAGGAGCCCCCUGUCAGAGCGCGGAGGAGUCAGCCUCCUGAGCGUACAAGGGAAUCCCUACCAACUGAAGAGGAGGAGCGGAGGCGCGGCAUGGGCGAGGAGGAAGAUGGCGGGGGCGUUCCAGCAAGUGUGCGCCGUUCAGGACGGCAGAAGAGGAAUCUUUCACAGUCACCUGCGAGGGGAAAAGCCAGGGGAGGCAGAGCAGCGCAGCCCAGUGCAAGCGUGGGGAGGGGGCGCCCGCUCCCCCCACGUCCACCCAUUCAGCAACAGGUCCCUCUGAGGGGACAGGAGCAGCAAGUCUUACCUGUCAGGCUGGAGCCUGCAGCGUCUAUGCAGAGAGGAGAACCCGGUCCAGCCGUCAAUGCACAGCCUCAAGCAGUGGGUCAGCCCCGCACAAUUUGGAUUCUGGGACAUUCCUACAUUCACUGGGCGCAUAAGAGAGCGGCCUUGCGUAGGUAUUCAACGAAUUUAUCGCUUUGUCCGGAAUCAUUCCAGGUUUUUUGGAAAGGUGUGCGGGGACUUCAGUGGCACCAACUUUACUUUCACUUAAGUGGGCUUAGUCAGCGUUGGCCUAAGCCGGAUGUAUUAUUAGUUCAUGCAGGUGGGAACGAUUUGGGCAAAGUAAGGACUUUGGAUUUGCUAUUUUUGAUCCAAAGGGAUCUGCAGCGGUUUUCACUAGCCUCUCCAGGCACUAUUUUAAUUUUCUCAGAAAUCAUUCCACGCUUCUCUUGGCUCUCCUCUCCACAGAGGAGGGCCAUGGAGAAGAUGAGGAAGCGGAUAAAUCGGGCCAUGUACAAGUUCAUGCCACAAAUUGGUGGUUUGUCUUACAGGCACGUUGAUUUAGAGGGGGGCUUUACCGGGUUAUACAGGCAGGAUGGCGUCCACCUCUCGGACGUGGGUAUCGAUAUUUUUAAUUUGGGAUUGCAGUAUGGAAUUGAGCAGGCCGCGGAGGUGGGGUGGGGCCGGGCAUGAUGCUCAUACCCGGCUUGUGGGACGUGAUAUGUCAAUUAAUGAUUUAAAUACUGCUCGAGUUACAAAAACUGAGCAGUUGCACAUAUUUUGGUUUUGCUUGAUUAAUGGCAAAUUUUUGAUAUUUGAAGUUAUGAAUUAAAAUGAUUUUGUUGAAUUUAAAAUGCUUUGUGUUUAAACCAAUAAAGUUACCGCGGCCUUUAUUCGCCAA